GCUCUAGAUAAUAAAGACAAAUUUUUAAGUAGUUUCGUUAAUUAGUUAUCGCUGGUUCGAGAGGAGGGUAUUUAGAUUACCCUACGGGUUAUCGCAGGUUUUCCCCGGUGCAACCCUUUGUGCUUUGUUCCUGACGGCGACUUUGCAGCCGAUUUUUUCUAACAUUUAGUGAAGUAAAAGGAACGUGUUGGUUGAAAGGAUGGCGGAGGGGGCGAGUCCGGUCCUAUAGUCAAUUAAAAACAUGGAAUUGCUUUCUGAUUAGCCCCCUUUAUGCAACAUGGAUAGAGUGUGCGGCAUAACAACCACACCUUAGGCUAUUCUGAGCUUGCAAUAAGGUCCCCAAAAGCCGUGCAAGGAUGUCAAGCAGAUUAGACCGGUUGUUCCUGCUGCUGGAGACAGGAGGCUCUGGCGUUACACGGCAGGCGGCAGCACAACAGCUAGGGGAAGUGGUUCGCCUGCAUCCCCACGAUCUUAACUACCUCCUGAGUCGCGUCCAUGUGUACCUGAGCUCUAAGUCAUGGGAAACGAGAAUAGCUGCAGGUCUUGCAGUCGAGGCCAUAGUGAGGAACAUUCCGCAGUGGAAUCCACAGCCUGUGAAGAGAGAGUAUGUUGAUGAGGAAAUGUGCAAGCCAGUAGCGGGCCGGCUGUCACUGGGCUCUUUUAACAUCAGCCAUGUCCUGCAGAAAGGGUCGUAUCUCAUGGCUGCCGAUGAGAAGCAGUUCGAGGCAGAGGAUGAAAAUAUUCCCAUGGAUCCUGUGGAGCGUAUUAAUUGCCAGCGGAAGUUAGUGAAUCAACGGCUCGGCCUUGAUGUUGCAGAAGUCAUUGGGGUUGACACUCAGAAUCUAUUUACAAAUGAAGAUUUAACAGACUCACAUCAAGGGGGAAUCACCUCACACAAUGGCCAGGAAAAAGAUGCAGUUGUGGAUAUUAUAAGAAGGGAGAUGAAAUCUGCGGGUUUACCAUUAAGUUCCAGGGAAAUGAAUAGGGCUCGGCGGAAGGCCAAGUUGUUAGCAAGACAGAAGUCGAUGGAUGUGUCUGAAUGUACCAGUGACGAGGGACCAGAGAAGAAGCGCAUGCGUCUGGCAAGUUCUGUAACAGUGGACCAAGCAGGAAGCGACGAUGAGGAGAGAAUGGUGGUUGACGAAGGACCUGUGGGAAUGUAUCCAGGAGAGGAGGGAACUGAGUGGCCCCUAGAUUCAUUUUGUGAGCUUCUUGCAACAGACUUGUUCAGUGCCUCUUGGGAGGUGCGACACGGAGCUGCAACAGGGCUCAGGCAGAUCAUUAAAGUACAUGGAAGAGGUGGUGGGAAGGCUACUUAUCAUACAAAAGAACAAAUGGAACAGUAUCACCAAGCCUGGCUAGAGGACAUGGCUGUGCGAUUGGUCUGUGUUUUAGCUCUAGACCGCUUUGGUGAUUUUGUCUCGGAUCAAGUUGUGGCGCCUGUGAGGGAGACAUGUGCACAAGCUCUGGGUGGAAUCUUGCACUUACUCUCAGAGGGGGGUGUCUUUGGUGUUCUUAGCUUACUGGAAACAAUGUUGUCAUGGAAGGAAUGGGAGGCUCGCCAUGGGGGUUUGCUUGGCCUCAAGUACCUCUUGGCUGUUCGAGAUGACCUCAGGUCGCAGCUACUCACUCAUGCAUAUCCACAUAUAUAUAAAGGCUUAGUGGAUGAGAUGGAUGACGUAGUGGCUGUGGCUGCAUCUUGUCUGGUUCCUGUGUCUGACAGUGUUGUCUUGCUGCUGGACCGAGAAGUAGUUACAAAGCUGGUGGCUACAUUGUGGGAUUCACUUCUUGACAUAGAUGAUUUGACUUCCUCGACCAACUCCAUAUUACUGCUUUUAUCAAAACUUCUUUCCCAUUUAAGUAGUGAUGCCAGCAUGCAAAGUGACCUGAAAGAACUGGCUCCAAGGCUUUGGCCAUUUCUCUACCACUCAAGUAGUUCUGUGAGAGGAUCUGCCCUUGCAACCUUAGCCACCCUCACGUCAGCCUCACACAGUGCAAAGGUUAAAGUAGAAAAUCAAGAAGUGGGAGCACAAGUUGAUAUUAAACAGGAAAACUCAUCAAACAGUUGUGAAAACGUGACAGCCAAAGUGGAGGAAAUGGCGAUGGAAGAACGUUCAGAGGCAGAAGAAAGUAGUAAGAUAGAUAUUAAACAAGAAAGCACAAACUCUCAUGAAAGUGUGACAGCCAAAGUGGAGGAGAAGUCACUGGAGGCAGAGGAAAAUAUCAAGAAAGAUGAUAAAAUGUUGGUGGAGAAGUCGCCAGAGGCAGAGGAAAAUAUCAAGAAAGAUGAUAAAAUGUUGGAGGAGAAGUCGCCGAAGGCAGAGGAAAAUAUCAAGAAAGAUGAUAAAAUGUUGGUGGAGAAGUCGCCGAAGGCAGAGGAAAAUAUCAAGAAAGAUGAUAAGAUGUUGGUAGACGAGGAGAAACAAGAUGAUAAGAAAGUCCCUCCCUCAGAUGAUCAGAAGAUGAAAAAGGAUGAGAAUAGCAAUCAAGAUCAGUCAACAGAGAAGGGAGAGCAAAAAGAAGAGGAAAUGGAAAAAGAAAAGAACGAAGUGAAAAAUGAACCAGAAAAUAAUCAAGCAGAGGUCAAAUUUCCUCAAGAGGAGACAAAAUGUGAGGAUUUUCUAGAAUGGCUAAACCCCAUUAUCCAACCAGCUCUCACUCACAUGUAUCAGAGAGCGUUGUUAGAAACCUCAGAAGAAAACAUCGAAUUUGUUUUCAAGAUAUGGGAACAGAUGUUGGCAAGGACAAGCCUUGAGAGUUUGCUGCCAGCUGUGUGUCCUAUGAUUGCUUCUUGGCUCUGCCUCAUGAUGGCCAACCCCAAGGUUCCUCUUGAGCCAACACUCUUACUAAUUGCUCAUCAUAAUAAGUCAGGUGAGGGGAAGAGAUUGCGAGUCGGUGCCCUAAAUGAUCCAGCGGAAAAAGCUGAAGCCAAAUAUUACCUGGGUGGUUGUGAACAGUAUAAUGAUCCUUGUGAGAAACAAUCUGUGGUUGUGAGGGCCAGAUGUGCUGCUGCAAGACUCCUAGGUUGCCUUUCAAACUAUGUGAUUAAGCCCAUGCCAGGGAUAGUAUACCCUCCCGAGGAAACUCCUGUUCUAUGCUACAUUCGCCUUCUUAUUGCACAUCUCAGCUCUCGUUCGGCAGUGCAGCGACUAGCAGCAGGAGCUGUGGUUAGGGAAUGGGCAUCAAUAUAUGCCAACCAAGAGUGCCAUUCACUCCUUCAGAAUGCUCUACAUUCAUGUCUGAUGGAGGUUGUCUACUAUGAUGAAAUUGCUUUGUCUUUUACAAGAUUACAGCAGGAAACACGUGACUUUAUGGCUAUGCUAAGACAUUAUAAGCUUCCUUUAGAUGAGGCCUUCAUAAAUGCUCCAGUAUUAACCUUAGAACAGAUUCAGAAUCUCAGCGGGCAUGUAGCUUUAACGUUAUUUAACGGAGGACGCCUUAGACCCAAAGUUCAUAGUACACUGGAAGAGAGACGGAAAGCUAUUCAAAAUAAUGUGUCGCAAACCUCAACAGACCAGAUAAGCUUAUCUACAACGACUCAGGCAAUAAUCUCUGGAGCUGUAGUGCGAUUUCGGAUUUUACCACCUAAGCUCAACCCAAUUAUUAAGCCUCUCAUGGACAGCAUCAAGAAGGAAAAGAUUGAACAAUUGCAGGCUUUAGCGGCAAGGGACCUUACCAAACUGUUGGAGCUGUGUAUGGACCGACAAACCAACCCAAAUGGCAAAGUGAUCAAGAAUCUUGCUUCUUUUCUCUGCGUAGAUCAAGAAUUUACUCCUAAAAUCCCUCAUGAGGAAUCCAAGAACACAGGAGAUGCCAAUAAACAAAAAGGAAUACUGAGCUUGUCGUCACAGCUGAAGAACGCAGAGCGCCAGCUUCUCAGGCGAACUUCAUCAAUCACUGGACGUGGCCCAGGAAGACCGCCGGCCAAUGCAAAGAAAGAAGACCCUAGUGAGGUUACUGAGGCAAUCUUAGACUCAGAGAAUCAACAACUAGCAGAAAUUCAACGGAGAGGAUGCACAACCGCUCUGACGCACGUUGCUCAGUACUUUGGCGCUGAACUGCCAACCAAAGUACCUCAGCUAUGGGAUCUACUGUGUAGUCCAUUCAGUGUACCUCCCCAGAAUGAAGUAACUGUGAAGGAUUCACAGGAGGCAGUGCACCAGCUGCAGCUUCUGGAGGUGGUGGUACCAACGCUACAUCCGAAGUUGGUUGCGGAGUUUGAGACAAAGUUAGAGCUGUUUGAGCACUGGCUCUACCAUCCAUACAGCGAAGUGCGCCACAUGACCACUCGAGUGAUGGGCUCUCUCGCCACUGUGCUGACUGUGCCUGUGAUGACCUAUGUGGUGGAGCAGGUUGUGCCAGCACUUACUGCCAUUGAUAAUGACAACAAGAGACAAGGAGCUGUUGAAUGCAUAUUUGCUGCCAUUGAUCGUUUGGGAUUUGAUGUCGUGCCUUACAUUGUUCUCCUUAUUGUGCCUUUAUUAGGUCGUAUGAGUGACCAAGACAAUAGUGUCCGCCUCAUGGCCACACAUUGUUUUGCAACCCUCAUCCGAUUAUUGCCUCUUGAGGGAGGUGUGCCAGACCCUCCCAAUCUGAGUGAUGUCCUCUUACAGCAGAAGCGAAGAGAAAGGGAUUUCCUUGAGAGACUGCUUGAUCCAUCCAAAAUUGAGAAUUACAAUGUUCCCUUGCCUAUUAAUGCAGAGUUGAGGUCAUACCAGCAAAGUGGAGUGAACUGGCUCUAUUUCCUGAAUCAGUACAGACUUCAUGGAAUCUUGUGUGAUGACAUGGGUCUUGGCAAGACUUUGCAGUCAAUCUGUAUUCUAGCAGGUGAUCACUUCAGCAAAAGAAAGGAAUAUCAGAAAUUGGGCCAGAAGGGAAAUAAACCCCUCCAGUCCCUUGUGGUAUGCCCUCCGACCCUCACAGGACAUUGGGUCUAUGAGGUUGAGAAGUUUGUCAAGAGGAAAUACUUGAAUCCACUACACUACUUUGGCCCUCCAGCAGAGAGAUACAAACUGAGGAGGUUCUUCCCAGACCACAACCUGAUAGUAGCAUCUUACGACAUUGUAAGAAAUGAGAUCGAUUUCUUCUCUCAAAUUAAGUGGAAUUACGUGAUUCUCGAUGAGGGUCAUGUUAUUAAAAAUGGAAAAACAAAGGUAAUGUAUUUUGGAUUCAUCAAAGCCAUUAAGCAACUUGUGGCCCACCAUCGUCUGAUUCUCCCCCCACAAAACAACGUUCUGGAACUGUGGUCACUCUUUGAUUUUUUGAUGCCAGGCUUCUUGGGCACAGAAAGACAGUUUAUGGCCCGCUAUGCCAAGCCAAUCCUUCAGUCACGGGAUGCUAAGAGCUCAAGCAAGGAGCAAGAAGCGGGGGUCCUGGCCAUGGAGGCACUUCACAGGCAGGUUCUUCCUUUCCUACUGCGGCGAGUCAAGGAAGAUGUUCUGAAGGAUUUGCCUCCCAAGAUUACUCAGGAUUAUUACUGUGAUCUAAGUCCUUUGCAACAACAGUUGUAUGAGGACUUUGCUCGUACACAAGCCAACCAGGAUAUUAACGAUGCACUCAGAAGUACAGACCAAGAGAAAGAAGUUGGAAACAAGCCUCAUAGUCAUAUAUUCCAGGCACUCCAGUAUUUAAGAAAAGUAUGCAACCACCCGAAGCUGGUACUAAAGCCACAACAUCCUGAGUAUGAGCGGGUAACAGCCCAGCUCAAGGAAUGUAGCUCCUCGCUGUCAGAUGUAACACAUUCUGCAAAAUUGCCUGCUCUGAAACAGUUGCUUCUGGAUUGUGGCAUUGGUGCUGGUGGAGGGACAGAGACUGAAGUCGUCGUGUCACCUCAUCGAGCACUCAUUUUCUGUCAGCUGAAGGGCAUGUUAGAUAUAAUUGAAGAUGAUUUACUAAAGCGACACUUGCCAAGUGUGACAUACUUGAGACUCGAUGGCUCAGUCCCAGCAGGAUCCAGACAUCUUGGGUUCAAUGCAGAUCCUUCCCUUGUACAGCGGUUCAAUGCAGAUCCCUCCAUUGAUCUACUGCUGCUCACAACACAAGUGGGAGGUCUGGGACUCAAUCUGAUAGGGGCAGAUACUGUCAUCUUUGUUGAGCAUGACUGGAAUCCAAUGAGGGAUCUACAGGCCAUGGAUCGUGCUCAUCGAAUUGGUCAAAAACGUGUUGUCAAUGUAUACCGCCUUAUCACAAGAGGAACCCUUGAGGAGAAGAUUAUGGGAUUACAGAAAUUUAAGAUGAUGACAGCAAAUACAGUGAUCAGCCAUGAGAAUUCUAGUCUGCUUAGCAUGGCCACCAAUCAGCUGCUAGAUCUGUUCACUCUUGAUUCUGGCGGAAAGGCUGAGGCACAAAACAGAGGUGAUGACACAGGUAGCACUCAGGGUCUUGGAGUUGGCUGCACUGGAGCAAAGGCAGUGCUGGAGAAUCUGCCAGAGCUUUGGGACGAAGACCAAUAUCAAAGUGAAUAUGAACUCACAGCAUUUAUGAAAUCCCUUAAAAAGUGAUGUGGAUGAGACAGCCAAGGCUUGUAUGCUUUGUAAAAGUAUUUUAUGAAAUGGGUAAUGAAAAAACAGUAUUUUUUCCAGGGAGUAGUUUUUUUUUUUUCUUUUUUUUUUCAAAUUUUAGUAGCUGUAGGUAUUUCCAGAGGGCAAUAAUAAACAAUGUUGAUAGUUGUAUCUUUCAUUUGUACAUUGUGAUACAAUGUAACACACUAAACCAGUCAUUCCAUCAUAAAUCUUUUACUUUUUUUAUUGUGAUAAAGAUUAUAUUUUGUAAGCUUUGGUGUUGCAGUUGUACAUAAUAUAUAGUGAAAAUUGUAUGGAGUUGAUAUACGACAAGACAAUUACUUUGGCUCCUAAAAAGAUUAAAUAAAAUAAAUAGCCAUAAGUGUCAGAACUGUAAAAACAAAGAUCUUGUUUUCAGUAUUACAGAUUUGUAAUGCAUAUUCUUUUCAUAAACUCUUCUGUAACCCAAAAUUUAAUGUCAGUUACAGUUGUAAGUAUACAGGAUAGGUGUGAGUAGUUCCAUUCACCGGAGAGUCAUUUCCUGAUUUCAAUAAGUGUUAGGUUAGCCCGUCUUUGUUUCUUUAUUAUUAUUUUUUUUUAUCCCUCUCUGUACUUUCCUCAUCCUCUUUAUUUUAAAUAGUUUUUCUCUAGUGCUGUUGCAAGUUUUUAAUAGAACAUAUUUUGUCCAAUUAUUUGAUAUUUCAUUGGUUUUGGUACCACACAUUACAAACUACCACAUGAGGUGGAGUUGUGCAGUGGCCAUACACCCAUUUAGGCUACACCUUUACCACAAAACUGGCCAAGGACACGUUUCAUUUGUAAGCUUCCAUUCCAUUGCAGAGUACAUGUGUGAAAGCUCUCCACUCCAAGUAGAAUACAUUUCUUUUUAGAAUCUUGGGUUCCACUCCUCAGGCCCUGCCCUGGUAUCAGAGUUACACUUCUUAUAUGCCUAGAAUAUCUUCAAAAUUUUAACUAUAUAAUAUUUAACAAAUGUUUAAAAUGAUCAUAAACUAGAUUCUUUUGCUUGCUAAAAAAGAGCAAGAUCUGGAUUAAGAAUGAGGAAGUUGGGAAGCCAGACCCGAAGCAGAGUGCAUAUACUAGGCCUAGACAAAAGUUGGGUAAUAACUGAUUUGUUUGGAUCCAGAGUCAAAUGAGGCUAGUGGAACCCUGGCUUUAAUGGAAUAAGCAGUUUGUCUGACAAUUUGUGUUUGUGGAAUGUGUGCAUUUUUUUUUUUCUACCUCUUUUGAGCCACUCUUUUACUAGAACAAAAUGAACUUGUCCAGAAUGCAAAAGUAUUAAGACUCUACGUUAGCUUAUCCUUAUUUGGCUUCAAAGUUGCUCUCAAAUUUUCCUUGAUGUAUAUCAUCAAUGACAUCUUGAUAUGACUUUUACAACGCUUUCAAAAGGAGUUCCUCCUAAGAAAAGGAUCCAAGGGUUUAUAAUAACCCCAUAAGCCGUUGAUGGCCCAGUACCCCUAUCGUUAGAGAUAGAAUUGGAAAGAUAAUUUAUGCUCUCUGGACCAAUAACCAGCAAAAGCAGUACUCUGGCUGAAGAUGGGAAGUUACCCAGGACACAGUGGCAACAAUCCGAAUAAAGCUGUGAAAAAACGGAAACUGGGCGAACUUUAAUGAACAAUGACAGGAGAGAUUUCGUAUCCAAGGGCUUAAUGUAGCCACCUCAGAAAGCAUGCUCUGCUCCCUUUUGGAGCUGGGUUUCACUGAUCCAUAUUUCUGACUCUUAUGAUUAGGAGAUAUUGCCCUUUCUGUGAAAUGACAACUUUGUAAUGCAGAAGAGUGUAUAACAGAAAUUAUGAAUAUUACAUCAGCUAGAUGUCUUAAUGUACAGCUAGAUUUACUAAGAUGGUCUCAAUAUAGGCUCAUACUUUACUUUAUUCAUUAUGUGACAUGUGCACUGAUUUUUGCUAGACCAUUUUUAAAACCUUUGUUGUGAUACACAGUUCUAUAAAAUUUGCCACAUUUUUAUAUUGUGAUGAGAAUGAGUAAAAAUUUAAGUUUAAUCAACAGUAUUUUAAAACGGCUACUUUGCUACAACUUACAUCAUCUGUUGCCUGUGGGGUUUCCUUUUUUCGGAGAUACAGGCUGGAACUGGAAGGUGCAGCUGAAGAGGCUGAACUUCCAGAGGAGGUAGUACUUUCAAAUAUUAUGAAUUACGACAUUGUUAUACCCAUAUACUUGUCUUUGGUAAAAUUAUUUACUUGUGAUUUGGCUGACAGCUCACUAACAGUUUAUGUGUCUGUAUUAUAAAGAAAAAUGUUUAUAUAAAGCGUACAUUGUAUGAAAUUAUUGGUAAUCUCAAUUAAACAAAUUUUCUACAGAACACUUUUCAAUUGCACAUACCUGCCUUUAAAAAAAUAUUUUACCUUCUACAAAGUACUUAAAUUAUCUGAUUGGUAAACUUCAACACAGGUCUGUUAUAAAUAUUACAUUUGUAUUGAGUAUUUUUGUAUACAAAAAAUAUAUUGUUACUAAAUUACA